UCUGACCACCUCUUUUGCUGCCUGCUGCACCCCGCUGUGCGGGCCGUGGGCGCGCUGAUGCUCCUUCAGCCGGUGCGGCCGUGCGCCAAGCGCACAUGAGCACAUGGAGGGAGCUGAGAGACAGGCUUCUCAAAGCUCUCAGCCAUCUCAGGUGAGCUCCGAACAAGCGAAAUGGAAGCAGAUGAUGGACGAGGGCAUCGCGCGGUACAUGCGCGAACAUCCGGAUCGCUUCCACCGGAGGGUGCGCCGGGGGAUCCCCCCGGAGUUCCGGUGGAGAGUUUGGAAAGCGGCGGUGAGGUUGGAUGAUGCCUGGCCUUCUGUUGAUUACCACAGCCUUUGCGAGAAGGAGACUCAGUGGACUCCGUCCAUUGUCAUGGAUGUGACGCGGACCUUUCCCGACGUCAAGGCCUUUGAUGAUGUUCAGCAGCAGCGCCUCAAGCGUGUGCUGAACGCCUAUGCCAGUUGCAACCCAGAGAUUGGCUACUGCCAGGGCAUGAAUUAUGUCGCGGGCUUGCUGCUGCUCGUCUCUCACAAUGAGGAAGAGAGCUUCUUUGUCUUCACCCAGUUGAUGGAGCAUGAGGACUUCGGCCUCGCGGGCUUCUAUGUGGGUAAGUCGGGGCUCUCAACGUGGCACCGGUCUUCAACGUGGCGAGGAGAGAGCCAUGGAGAGCCCGGAAGGCUGCCGCUCCUCCGGCGCUACUUGCGUGCCUGCGAGAGCCUAGUGGCUGAUACGCUCCCCGAGCUGCGAGAGCACUUCAUCAAGCAGAGCGUGCAGCCGGCGGUGUACCUCCACCAGUGGUUUCUCACUCUCUUCAUCAACUGCUUCCCCAUUUCGAUGGUCAUGAUCCUUUGGGAUGUGAUUAUGUGCGAGGGCCUUCCCGUGAUCUUGCGCAUCGCCGUGUCCAUCCUGCAGGUACUGAAAGACUCCUUGCUGUCCAUGGAGUUCGAGGACAUCAUCAAAUUUUUCAAGAUGAUGAAGACCUAUCAUGACGAGGAUGGGGAGCUCGGUGCAGUGAAGAUUGGUCAGCUGUUAAUGAAACACACCGAGCAUGUACAUAUUCCCGACGACACCCUGCAGUACCUGCGACCUUCCAACGUGGAGGACGAUGGGAACUUGGACUCUGAUGAAUCCUGGGAGAACGAGCACUCGCCCUGGUACUACCGAUGGGUGAGCGGUAUGUGGCCUUGGGGCAAGAAGAAGCCUUUUGCUUCAACUUCUUGGUCAAGGUCGGCGCCGCAGCUGGGCGAGGCAUCCCCACGAACUCGGCGUGAGGGCCUUGCCUCCGGCGCUUCAGCGCCCAACGUGGCAGGUGCUCCAACCGUCGAAGAUGACCAUCCGGAGGAGAAUGAGUCCUUCUUCGCACGAGGUUGGGAGUUCCUUUGAGACCACAGCUGAGCUAGCGCCGUGCAGUGUUCCGCUUUCAGAGAGCGGCAGAGUCCGGUUGCCUGAUAGGAGCG